AAAUUCCGGGAUAGAUAUACUCUUGCGUUCACGUUGUGCAUUAUAUAUAACUGGAUUCUACCUGUGUGAUAUUCAAGAGAGGAGCUAUUGCGAACGUGGCUGUAGACAAUCUAUCCACAAGAUGUUUCUGGCGAAAUCUGUUUUUGCCUUCAUUCUGACGAUGUCCGGUGUGUCGUCCUCUCCAUAUCAAGCUGAUUGUAGGGGUAAAGGAGUUGAUAUCGUUUUCAUCGUGGACGCAUCAAGUUCAAUAUGGCCGCCAGAUUUCCACAGUCGCGUACUUCCCUUUGUCAGCAACGUGAUCAACCUUUUUGACGUGGGGCCAGGGGAAAAACAAACACGUGUUGGGAUGAUCACAUUCGGAAACACAUACCAUCACCAGUUCCACCUGAAGGACUACCAGGACAAAGUAUCACUCUCAAAGAAAAUCCUCAACACACCAUUCAAGGGAGGUAACACCAAAGUUAAUGAAGCUCUUGACUACGUGAGGAACGUGAUGUUUGCACCUGAGAACGGUGCACGUGAUGGUGCAAGUGACAUUGCUGUUAUUCUCACAGAUGGUGAAUCUGACAACACAGAACUGACCAAAGUGUCUGCAUCUCUGGCUCAGAAGGAUGGAAUCCAGAUCUUUGCUAUCGGCGUCGGGAAUCGUGUUGUAUACUCUGAACUGAGAAAUAUUGCUUCUGAACCUGAUAGUCUGUUCCACGUUGGCAGCUUCCGAGCACUCGACAGUAUCAAAGACAUACUGGCUCGACGUACCUGUGCAGCAUCCUCUACGUCGUUGUCCACCCUACCUCCGAAAACACCAUCAGGGACUACAGCAUCCCCUACGUCGUUGUCCACCCUACCUCCGAAAACACCAUCAGGGACUACAGCGACAGAGAAGUCACCAAGUGGAAGGUUCAUUGGUGACGAGAGUCACGUUGAUUCUGACAUGGACGACUGCAAGAGCAAGCCUGCCGACAUAUAUUUUGUGCUGGAUGUGUCCGCUAGUCUUUACAUUAAACACUUCAAAGGGAAAGUCAUCCCCUUUGUCUACGACGUCGUCAAGGACUUCGACAUCAGCCCCGCCCACACUCGUGUCGGUCUUGUCACCUUCGCCACAAAUGUCACAUCUGUCUUCGGACUGGACACCUGCGCAACCCGUGAUGAACUUCAGAAGGCUAUAUCCCCCGACAGCAUUGUGUACACCGGUGGAAAAAGAACCAACACAGCUGACGCCAUAGCUUACAUCAGAGACGUCGGCUUUGUUCGCAACGUUGCUCGCAAAGGGGUCAUCAAGAUGGCAGUUGUUGUAACAGAUGGCAUGUCAUACGAUCCUUUAUUGACAGCAAAGGAAGCUAAACUCACCAAGGAUUCUGGAAUCUUCAUGUUUGCUAUUGGUCCCAGCUUUGACCCAGUAGAGAUGAAAGCUAUUGGAAGCCAUCCAGAGGAACGGUUCGUUUUCCAUGUCAACACUUUAGAUGCCCUGGAUCGUAUGACAGCCAUUUUGAAGGAAGAGAUGUGCCGACUAAAGGGAGCGAAUACUAUCAUCUUUGACCCUGAAAAUUGCGUCAUUGGUCCCACUGACAUCAUGUUUGUCUUCGAGUCCGCUUCUAAACUUCCAUCGAGCCGCAGCAUCAUGAGAACAGUAAUCACCAACUUUGCUGAGAAAUUAAAGGUGAAGGCCGAGCAGGUGCGUAUUGGGUCACUGACUGACCCUUGUCCUGACGAGGAGGACCUGAACAUUUUCAGCCUCGAGGCGUUCAUGCAGAAAAUCAACACCAUUGUACAGAACACAGAGGGAGAGAUGCAUCGUCUCAUCAACACCCUGAGGAUAGAAAGGUUCAACGGAAAAACAUCAUCCGUACGCCGCCAGGUUGCAGUAUUGUUCUUGGAUGAGAACACGCGAAGUGGUGACUCGGUGGUGCGUCAGGCAAGGAAACUGAAGAAAGAAGACGUGGAGGUUUAUGUCGUUGCCGUAGGCGAUGUCUCUGAGUACAUGGUGACAGGAUCAGCAUCAGAACUGCUCCAAGAUCACGUGGUACGGCUCCAGAGUUAUCCUCAUCUCAAAUCAGUGAAACUGAACAAGCUUUGGAACAUUUGUGCAGAUGCUGAGAUCAGCAAACCGAAACAGGGUGAUUUCUCCAAUGAUGCUGGCGACAUUAUUCCCUUCCCACAAUGCUCAGAUGUUGCCGUUACGCCAAACAUUCAAAACGAUGAUACCUGGUAUAAAAGGUCCAUCAGAUUUCCAGUUCGGUGCCUAACUCAGCCAGUGGAAGCAGACGAUCUGAAAGCAGCAGACAUGACGUCACUAUGGGCACACAUCUUGAUCAUGGCGGUGGGCUUGGGUGCAGUUCAAUGCCAGCUAUCACUGAAGACGUGUUCUGGCAAGGCAGCUGAUGUAGUGUUUGUCUUGGACACUUCCUCAAGCAUUUGGGUGUCCGACUUCAACCAAUACGUCCGCCCUUUUGUUCGCGAUGUUGUUCGUAUGUUCGAUGUCGGCGCCGCCCCUUCUCAGACACGAGUGGGUGUUGUCACAUACAGCGACGAGUACCACCCUCAGUUUGACCUUGGCAGCUACCUGACACGUGACUCUCUAGAACACGCCAUCGAAAAUAUCGUCUUCACUGGCGGUAGCACCUUCACCAGCAAAGCACUUCAUUAUGUGGCAGACGACAUGUUUAGGCUGAAGAACGGCGCAAGAUCAGAGGCUACCUCCGUUAUUAUCCUGGUCACGGACGGUAGGUCGCGGUUCCCUACAGUCACCAGGGUCGAGGCUGACCGAGCGCGCGCCAGGGGUGCCCACAUCUUUGCUAUUGGUGUGGGCGAUGAUGUUGAUGUGAAUGAGCUGCGUGCCAUAUCGGACAACCCUGACUCUCUGUUCAUGUUCCACGUCAAAGACUACAUGGCUCUACAUGGCAUCAAGAGACACCUCGCCAUCAGAACAUGCGAAGUUAUCCCAACCGUACCUGCUCCAACUGAGGGACCACAGAACGACAUCGAUCCGGACACCAUUAAAUAUUGUGGAGGGAAACCAGCAGAUGUCUACUUCCUCUUGGACGUUUCCUCCAGCGUCUGGAUAAAGAACUUUGAGACAAAGGUCCUUCCCUUUGUCAAAGACAUGGUCUCCAUCUUUGACAUAGGAUCAACGAAAACUCGCAUUGGCCUGGUAACGUUCUCCAACAAAACUACACCUAUCUUCUCUCUCAACCACUUCAACAACCGUGAGCAACUCCAGCAAGCACUGAACCCUGAACGAGUGCGCUACACUGGUGGACAGACCUACACGUCAUCAGCUCUCGCAUAUGUCAGAGACCACGGAUUCGCGUCAAAUGUCGCGAGACCAGGCGUCGCCCAGGUGAUCAUCCUCGUCACAGAUGGCAUUUCUUAUGACCCAGUUCUGACUGCUGCAGAGGCUGAGAAGGCGAAGAGGAAGGGCAUGUACAUCUUCGCCAUUGGCGUUGGGCCCGACAUUGACUACAAGGAACUGAGAGACGUGAGCAGUGACCCUGAUGAUCGCUUCGUCUUCACCGUAACAAAUUUUUCUGCUUUGUCCAGCAUCAGAAACAUCCUUGCCAUACAGACCUGCCGAGUUCAGCCAACCCAACCACCACCUGCCGACAUCAAAAUUUGUAACAUCGAUUCUUCCGAUAUAUACUUCGUCUUUGAAUCUGACCCAAAGACAAUUGAGGAACGGAAACAGUUCCGUUCUAACGUCAUUAAGCUGGUCAAGAACACCUUCUCCAGCAACAGGGGCAUCCGUAUCUCCGCCAUCACCGACCCUUGCAUCGGGGACCGCGAAAUCCCCUUCACCACACUCCUCGACUUCAAAUUCAGGUUUGGUUCAAUCCAAGUGCCUCCUAAAACAAAGAUGCAUGAUCUUAUCAUCACACUGAAGCAACAGGCAGUGGAAACACACAGGAGAACUCGUCGUUCUCGACAGGUGGGAGUUAUCUUCCUUGACGAGAAGACCACAAACUUGAUGGACGUCGUCAUGGAAGCUAGACGGGCACAGGACAUGGGUGUUGAGCUUUAUGUUGUUGCUAUUGGCAACCUGCAGAGCCGGAUCAUCGAUAUGAUUGGAUCAAGCCCAGCACGUGAUCAUGUGGUGAUGUUUGAAAGUUAUGAUGACCUGCACAUGCUCAAUGAUGUGUUGGGGAAGAAGAUGUGUUGAAGCACACACACACUCACCUGCUUAUCUACAAUUGAUGAUCUCAGUAAAUUGCAUAUUUGUUCUGUAUAUCUUAUUCAUAGAUUUUGUGUUGUAAUCGUGCUGGACGCGAAAACAUCAUGUGUAUAUUUUUACAAUAAAAAAAUCAUUUACGCUA